CUACUUUCAACACCGCUUCAUAGAGCUUCUGUAAAGAACCAUUUAAAUGUGGUCAAUCUCUUGUUAUCUUUUGGAGCCGAUCCCAGGCUGCAAGACUCUGAUGGUCAAACUUCGUUACACAAGGCCUGCGAAAAUGGAUCUAAGGACGUCAUUUCCAUACUGAAGGGAAAAAAUGUUGAAACCAUUAGGGAUAAUAAAGAUCGAGUCGCGUUAGAUUGUUGUAAGGACGAGGAAACUAAACGAAUAUUAUUGGCCUAG